UCCCGAAGAAGCACAACCCUCCUCGUCUUGCUUUCCGCAGAUUCUUCUCUCUGACCCUUCUCCAACAAACCCCACCGCGCCCGCCCCCCCUUCUAAUCUCUCUGUGUUCGACUUAGAUCUCCACGAUAACCAAUAUCGGCCAAUUUAAUCCGUCAUCAUGACGCUGGGCUCAGGAGGAUCGAGUGUCGUCGUACCUCGGAAUUUCAGAUUAUUGGAGGAACUUGAACGUGGGGAAAAGGGCAUUGGGGAUGGGACCGUCAGCUAUGGGAUGGACGAUGGCGAUGACAUUUACAUGCGAUCUUGGACAGGCACUAUCAUUGGUCCUCACAACACUGUCCAUGAAGGUCGUAUCUACCAAUUGAAGUUGUUCUGUGACAAAGAUUAUCCCGAAAAGCCUCCCAGUGUUCGAUUCCAUUCAAGGAUCAACAUGACUUGCGUCAAUCAUGAAACUGGAGUGGUGGAGCCAAAGAAAUUUGGGCUUCUGGCAAAUUGGCAGAGAGAGUACACCAUGGAGGAUAUAUUGACUCAGCUGAAGAAGGAGAUGGCAGCUCCGCAUAACCGAAAACUGGUUCAACCUCCAGAAGGCACGUACUUCUAGCUUCCCAAGAAAUAUUAGUAUAGAUGUGGAGGUUCGUGUUUGCAUAUGCAAUAUAUAGUCUGUGAUGACAUGACGUUGCUGAAGUUUCAAGAACCAUAGGGAGGAAUGCCUUGGAAAAAGCUCCUCCAAUUUCUUGCCAUCACCACCUUCAUAUUAUAAUCGUCAUUGUCUUGUUAAAACUCUGAUUAACAACAGACGUUGGAUUACUGGGAUAUUAUCUUGGUGUGUCUGCUUCUAAGAAUUCAUCAUCUCUUUUAGGUGUUCUAAAAUUCUCUUUUCAUUCCUUCUGUCUUUGUGUUGUAGUGGCACUACGUUCAAACAUGCUUUCAUGAUAAGUUGUAAAUCUAGUCGAGAGUAAUCUCAAAAUAGGAAGUGGGUAUUGGGAGAUAUCGGUUUUGAAGAGAUUUUUCAGUUUAAGGAUUCAGAGCUUAUGGCAGACGUAUUGGAUCUCUUUGACAUA